AUGCCUCUCUCCAAGAUUGCCGGUGUUAUCCUCUCCUCGGCCGCUCUGGUUGCUGGCCACGGUUACGUGACUGGCGCCGUUGUCGACGGAACCUACUAUGGUGGAUAUCUGAUUAGCCAGUACCCCUACAUGAGCAGCCCUCCCGCGACUAUUGCCUGGUCUGACACUGCCACCGACCUGGGCUACGUUGACGGUUCUUCGUACUCCUCUGCGGACAUCAUCUGCCACAAGAAUGCCAGGCCCGGUGCCACCUCGGCUCCUGUCAAGGCUGGUGGCAGCGUCGAGCUGCAGUGGAGCGAGUGGGCUUCGAGCCACCACGGCCCCGUUAUCACCUACCUGGCCAACUGCAAUGGUGACUGCUCUUCCGUCGACAAGACCACCCUGAAGUUCUUCAAGAUCAACGAGGCUGGUCUCAUCAGUCCUGGCACCUGGGCCUCCGACAACCUGAGGAGCAACAACAACAGUUGGACGAUCACUAUCCCCAGCACCAUCAAGGCUGGCAACUACGUGCUCCGCCACGAGAUCAUCGCUCUGCACUCUGCCUUCAACAAGGACAGCGCUCAGAACUACCCCCAGUGUUUCAACCUGAAGGUCACCGGUGGCGGCAGUGACUCUCCUUCUGGUACCCUCGGUACCUCCCUGUACAAGGACACCGACCCUGGCAUCCUGGUCAGCAUCUACCAGUCCCUGAGUUCCUACAUCAUCCCCGGCCCAGUUCUGUACACCGGCGGCAGGUCUUCCCCGAGUUCGACCACCUCCGCCGCCUCUGCUGCUACCGCUACCGCCGCUCCCUUGUCUGCUUCCCCCGUGGCGUCCGUCGGAGUGAUCUCCAGCGCUUCCCCCGUUAGUGCCACCCCCAUCUGGAGCCCUUCAUCCAUCCCGCCUCAUCACAUGUACUCCACCCGCCUGCCACGUCCGUCGCACAGUCAUCGCCCAGAUCACGGUGCUGCUGAUUCGGGCCGUCUUCACUCCUCUAAGCCCAGCGGAUCUGGGGGUGAGCCUACCACAGCCUGCACUGUCACCGAUUACUCCACUGCGACUAUUCCGGCUCAGUUUACUGACUCGCCCAAUAUCCAGACCCCUAGCGUUGAUGACUCCGUGACCGUCACCGCCAGCGCGGGAGGCCAGUCUGCCGCCAGCUCCGCUCCUGCCUCCAGCAGCUCGGGCUCGUCCUCUUCCUCCUCGGCCUCCUCCAGCUUUGGUUCCUCCACCACGGGCUCUAGCUCCGGGUCCUCCUCUGGGUCUAACUCCUAUAAUUCCGGCGACUGGUCUUCCUACCUGAGCUCCCUAUCCACCGACCAGUUCCUCAGCAUGCUCCGUGAGACCAUGAAGUGGCUCGUCAGUGACAAGAAGGUGCACGCGCGUGACCUGAACCUCUAA